AUGUCUAAUCCAGCUGCUAAGCGCAAAGUCCUUCUCAUGGGCAAAAGUGGGUCCGGAAAAACGAGCAUGAGAUCUAUUAUUUUUGCUAAUUAUAUUGCUAGAGAUACUUCACGCUUGGGGCCAACUCUUGAGGUGGAGCAUGCUCACGUUAAGUUCCUCGGUAACCUUGUUCUUCAUUUGUGGGACUGUGGAGGGCAGGAAACUUUCAUGGAAAACUUCUUAAUCUCUCAGAAAGAUCAGAUCUUUAAAGGCGUUCAGGUCUUGAUAUAUGUAUUUGAUGUGGAAAGCCGAGAGUUCCAUAAAGAUUUGAGAUAUUAUCAAUCCUGCUUAGAGGCGUUAUUCAACAACUCGCCGAAUGCUCAGGUGUUUUGUCUGAUACAUAAACUCGAUUUAAUUGAGGAAGGGAAACGUGAUGGUACAUUUGCUGAGAAAGAAGAGGAGAUUUUGAGAUGUGGCGAGCAGGUAGCUGGGCGAGAUCGUGCAAGUGUCCCUGUAAAAUGCUAUAGGAGUAGUAUUUGGGAUGAGACUUUGUAUAAGGCGUGGUCUGCAAUAGUAUACAAGCUUAUACCAAAUGUUCAUCUGAUGGAGGAGAGACUACGGAAGUUUGCUUCAAUAGUUGACGCUGAUGAAGUCUUGCUCUUCGAGAAAACAACUCUCUUAGUGAUAGCACAUGCUGAAAUUGCAGAGCAUAAAGACCCUCAUAGGUUCGAAAAAGUUUCCAACAUUAUUAAACAGUUCAAACUCAGUUGCAACAAAAUGCAUUCGCACUUCGAGUACAUGCAAGUAAGAAAUUCCAAGUUCGCAGCAUUUAUAGAUUCUUUCACACCUAACACUUUCAUAAUGGUUAUUGUGUCCGAUGGUAAUGUCUCUGCUGCGACAACACUCAUGAACAUCAAAAACGCUCGAAAACACUUCGAAAUUCUGGAAGCCAAGUGA